UCGUUUUGUGUUUUCAUUAGUAAAUAAAUAUAUAUGUCUGGAAUAUUCGACAUAAAUAAUGUCUAUCAUUCAUGAUAGCAGUCAAUUAUAAAUGAAGAUGCGUAAAAAAUCAUUUCUUCUCGUCGUCUUCAUUCAAUUUUAUUUUGCACAAACACAUUAUGGUAAUGGUUUCUUCAAGGAGCAGAAGUCCUCUUACCGACCAUAUCAGCCAGUCUCCGUAAAGCAUCACAAGGCUUACCCUCGACCUGAGGACAGAUCAGACUAUGAUAUCACGUCAUACGACACGGAGUACGGCGCGGUCGUGUCAAACUUCACGUCUUCCAUUUAUGAUGAUAAUCCUCAACUGUAUCCUAAUCCAGAGUUCAUUGCGAACAGCAAUCAAGGCAGUACUAAGUUAAAUGACAAUAAAAUAUCCGAUAUAGAGUUACCAGAUGACUCGUUAGCGGACGCAGACCUCAAAGAGCACGACAUAAUUGAUAGCGUAACCUAUCUAUACGGAUACAACAGUUGCCAUGGCGACCGGCACGAAUGGUUGAUACUUAUCUACGUAACAAGUGCUAUAGCAGUAAUAAUACUGGCCGGCGCGGUAAUGUGGCAGAUGUGGAGCAAUUACGCGGCGGAAUUCAGAAUGAAGAGUAAACUGUAUCCUAUCAACAUCAACCUGUGCUGUUGUCUAGGAGUCUGCACUCUCAUUUAUAUACAGGCUGUUUUGGGCGUGUCUUCGCCUUCUCAAUGCGAGAGGAUCGCCCUGCUGCUCCACUACACGCAUAUAACCUGCGCGAUGUGGAUCGUAGCCUUGGCCGCGGCCGUCGCUGAAUAUUGCACGUGCGAUACCCUAUUGCCUCUCAAGUACAACUACCUACUGGCUUACGGCGUCCCGGCCGUAGUUGUUAUGUUCAACUACGCCCUGUCAAUGGAACAUUACGAAAUAAAGCAUUACUGCUGGAUGUCUAUCGAGAAAGGCAUGGUCAUGGGCUUUAUGGUACCAGCGAUGAUUCUCAUCUUAAUUAAUACUGGCAUCGUGAUACUAGGCCUAAAGAGCGUGAAUAAAAAACAAGCGGAAAUGCUGACGGCCAAGAUACAAGAACUCGUGGACCACCACAUUACGAACUGGCCAAAGAAUGAUCAAAACGGCGAUAAGAAUGCCAGUAUUGAAACCUUGGAUAAUAUUUACACGCCGAGCAGCAGUAGAAAGAAUACGGACAGUUCGGAAACUCUCGAUAAAGACUACAAUGCCAGCGAAGAAGAUUAUAAUUAUUCUAAUAACGGAGUAGCGAACGAUGAAGCCGGUGAAAAUCAGAUUGAGCGCUCCGCUUCCAAUAAAACAAUACAGGACAAAAGCCUGUUAAAUAUGCUGUAUAUGGAUAACAUUUCGUUAAAAUGGAGUUGGAACACGGAAGGCAAUGAAUUGAAGACAUAUUUGAAUUUAUGUUUGAUUUUGGAGCCAUUUUUCGCCAUCAACUGGGUUAUGGGCGUUGUUGCUAUAGAGAAUGCCACUCACUGGUCGACCCCGACGAUUUAUCUAAUACUAAUUGUGUCUAUGUACAUGUACUUGACUGGUACUAUAUGUACUACCUUGCCUAUAGUACAGCAGAAGACUCCCGUGCCGCCAUGUUGUGAAGACGUUGUUAUUGAACCUUCCCUAACAAGAACAAGGACAACUGACAGCAUUCCACUUUUGGACCCGACUGUACAGCAGCCAAACGUAACUCCAGCACCUGCGGACACUAUUAGCACAAUUAGUAUUUAGAAAAAAAAAACAACAUAAAAUUGGUACUAAUACUGUCGCGAAACAGUGUUUCGGUGAAAAAUGUUGAUCUGCCCAAAAAACAAGUACUGGUGUUGCCAACUAACAGUUCCUGUGACGAUAUGAAUUGAAACAAUAUGUAUUAAGAGCAUUGUCGAUAUGUCGUAUUUAGACUUUCAACGCUCACCAAAAAAAAACUAUGUUCAUUAUUCUAGUCUAUAUAAGAAUGAUUAAAAUUAAAAAUAAGAUUUAUGUGAUUAUUGGGGAUUUUACGAUAUAUUUUAAUCGUUCGUGGUAUUUAGUAAAUAACUUCCUGUAAUUUCUCGGAAUAGGUCAACCUCCUGUAAAAGCGAAUGUAAUGUAACUAAUUCAAAAAAGCUAGAUGCAAAUAUAAUAAGUAAUCUAUAUAUUUGAUUCGAGUUGACAAAUGUUUACGAUUGACUUCAACGGUGCAGGAAUAACAUCGUGUAAAAAUCA